UUGACAUUAUUUGUCAUUCAGAAUACUUUUAUCUCAUAUUCCCAACACUUGUUCAAGCAUAUCUAAGUCAAUAACAACAUUACAACAUAACAUGGUGAAACAAGAACUCAAGAUCCAAGUUACUACUUCCUCAUCAUCACUCUCUCAUUCUUCAUCUUCUUCUUCUUCUUCAACGUCGGCACUACGUCAUCAAUCUUGUAAGAACAAGAUAAAGAAGUAUAAAGGUGUGAGGAUGCGAAGUUGGGGAUCAUGGGUUACUGAAAUUAGGGCACCAAAUCAAAAGACAAGAAUCUGGUUAGGUUCUUACUCCACCGCAGAAGCAGCUGCUAGGGCUUACGACGCUGCUCUCUUGUGUCUUAAGGGACCUAAAGCUAAUCUCAACUUCCCUAACAUCACCACUACUUCUCCUUUUCUUAUGAACAUCGACGAAAAGACCCUUUUGUCCCCAAAAUCAAUCCAAAAGGUCGCCGCUCAAGCCGCUAACUCCUCUUCUGACCAUUUUACCCCUCCGUCCGAUGAAAAUGAUCAUGAUCAUGAUGACGGACUCGAUCACCAUCCAUCUGCUUCUUCUUCAGCUGCAUCUUCACCACCAGAUGAUGAUCAUCAUAAUGAUGACGAUGGUGAUUUGGUAUCGUUGAUGGAAUCUUUCGUGGAUUACAACGAACACGUGUCUCUGAUGGAUCCAUCGCUGUAUGAAUUUGGACAUAAUGAGAUCUUCUUCACCAACGGAGAUCCGUUUGAUUAUUCUCCACAGUUACAUAGCUCAGAGGCAACGAUGGAUGACUUCUACGACGAUGUUGAUAUUCCGCUAUGGAGUUUCAGUUAAUCCAACGGUCCAUAUUAUUAUACUACGAAACACUUUUAAUUCACAUUAUUUCAUUUAAUUUAUUCUUUCAAUUCAUAUUAUUCGUCCUUGUUGUUUCGUUAUGUAUUAAAUAUACACACACUAAUUUAAGAAGAUCACAUGGACUAGAGGUUUUUUUGUCACGUCUUCACUUUUUUUCAUGUGUUUUUUUCUUUUCUUUUCAAUUUUAUUACAAAUCUUGUAAUUCAUUGAUUAUUUAAGGCCCAAUAUGGUAGACGCCUAGACGGAGAUAGUGAAAAGAGCCCAAUUAAUAUACUAAAGGCCUAAUAAUAACAACAACACACACGCAUGAUCUUGUACUAGCUUUA